CCUGGCUGAUCACGAUGAAGGCAGUGUUGAUUCUCACCGUGGUUGCUGCAGCGGCAGCCCAGCACUACGGCAACUACGGUCGUCUUGGUCACGGUGUUGGUGGAUACAGCGCUGUUCGAUUUGGCGGAGGAGUCAAAGGUAGUGGCUUCAAAGGAGGUGCCACACCCGGUGUCGUUCAGGGAAGCAGUGGAGGUGGCUACGGUGUGGUGGAUCUGAGCCUGGAGUAUAGCGACUACCACUUCUCGUGGCGUCACGACGGAGGCAAGAAGUACGACUGGCAUACUGCUAACUAUUACUGCUCCAGUCUGGGCAAGGGAUGGCAGGGCGUCAGCAUCGAGACUCCAGCAGAGGACAAAAUCAUCUCCGACAUCAUCUACAAAAACAAGUUGGAGUAUAUUUGGACUGGUGGUUACCGUCAGGGUUAUGAGUUCGCCUGGCCCUCUGGCUAUCCCUUCUACGGUAUCAAUUGGUCUCGGACUGGAGGUGCGGGGCGUCCCCAGCCGGACAACCGUGAGGAUGGGAAGGAGUUCUGUCUGGCAGUACUGAACAACUUCUACAAGGACGGCAUCACUUGGCACGACGUGGCUUGCCACCACGAGAAACCCAUCAUCUGCGAGCGUCGGCGAGGUGCUCACUAUGGCUGAAGAGCCACUCUCCUGUAUGAGCGCCGCCACUCGAGCUAUCACAGUUGAGCAGCGCCAGGAGGUGUUAGAGGUUGACAAGAGCAACUCACUAACAUCGAUUCAUUUGUUUAUAUAUUUAAUAUGUGUAGCGGUAAAUCCCUGUGGAUUCUUCAGCACAAGAAAGGGUUGAGGGCGGAUCCUGCGAGAAAAACACGCUACCUAACCUUACUCUCCCUCAUAUUUUGAAUGGUUGCAAUGCCGAACAAGUUACUGAGUACAAGACAUGUGUAACAAUACUCAAUAUAACCAGCACACAGAGAGAAACUGUUGACUACAUCGUCAUAUACUUCUCUCUCUCCUAUGUGCAGGUUAUUUAUGUAGUGUUCCAGUCACGGUAUUGUGCCUUUUAGUUCUUUCCACAUAUGUAAUACUUAGGUAACUUUAUUCCCGAAACUUUUCGCCUCCACAUCUGUCUUCUUUUGUCAAAAAUUUGUGAUUAUAUUUUAGUGUUAUAAUCGCCUUUCUUUUACACUACUCUAGCGAAAUUUUUUGCAAUAAUUAUGUCGAAGUGUAGCACAUGUUGUCUCCUUGUUACCUUCGUCAGCUUUUUAAGAACUGCCAAAGUUAGCCUCAUACAUUUAGU